UUUCAGAGCUCUUUCAUGGUUUCCUCCCAGUCUCCCUGAUCAGGACUACCUUGAGGACAACAAAGAAACAAGGCAUUGCCUGAACACCAAGAAAUCAAAAUGGAGCCUUUAGCAGAGUCUCGUCAGAGAUUAAAUUCGGAGGUUGCUGCCUUGUCAGAGAAGGAUGAGCGCUUGUUCAAGGGCUUUGUAGAGAAGGCGCGGGAAUGUGCCGCCAAUGGUAAUGUCAAGGCUGCCUUGGAGAUGAGUAGAAAAGCUUACGGAAUGUGCCCAACAGGGAAACUGAAAAAGAAGAUAGCGAAAAUGGAGGCCUGGUUGGCAGACAAUGAAUCCGACGCAGAAGAAGAGGAGGACAACAUGAAACUGUUGGGUAAUGGUUUCUACCUGUACCAUGAGAUAUACGCCAAGCUCUACCAACAUCAGAAAGAGGGUGUCCUAUGGUUGUGGAAUUUGUACAAGAAAGGCAAAGGUGGAAUCCUUGGUGAUGAUAUGGGGUUGGGAAAGACGAUCCAGGUGAUAGCGUUCCUGUCCGGAAUGUAUGAUAACCAAGAAAUCAAUUCAUGCUUGAUCGUCAUGCCGGUAUCCGUCAUCCCCAACUGGGAGAGAGAGUUUGAGAAAUGGGCCCCAGGCAUCACUGUGAAUUCCUUUCACGGUACCUCCAAGAAAGAGCGUGAGAGAGUUCUCUACCGGACGCAGCGACGAGGCGGAGUACUACUCACGUCAUACGGAAUGGUCAUUUCGUCGUGGGAGCAACUCAAAGAGAAGGAUGAACGAGAGUUUGUUUGGGAUUACGUGAUCUUAGACGAGGGACACAAGAUCAAGAACCCAACAAAGACCUCCAAGGGUGUGCACGCCAUCCCGGCGAGGAACAGAAUCAUUCUCAGCGGUACACCGAUUCAAAACAAUCUGCGGGAACUGUGGGCGCUGUAUGAUUUUGUCCAUCAUGGUCGAUUGUUGGGCACCCAGAAAACAUUCAAGAUGGAGUACGAGAAUCCUAUAACAAGGUCACGAGAGAGAGAUGCCACCAUGGGAGAGAAACGCCUUGGUCAACAGAUGGCUGAGAGUCUCAAGUCGAUCAUCGGGCCGUACUUUCUGCAGCGAACCAAAGCUCAGGUCAACAGGGAGAAUAAAGAGAACGCCCGCCCUGAUGGAACCGGCUCGCCCAAUGCAGUGAUGCCAACACUGAGCAGAAAAAACGACCUGGUCGUCUGGCUCUUCCUAACUGCCACUCAGAUCAAGAUCUAUUCAGACUUCCUCGAACUCGACAGUGUCAAAGAGCUCCUCAUGACCACCAAGUCACCACUGGUGGCACUGACUGUGCUCAAGAAGAUUUGCGACCAUCCUCGGCUGAUGACGACAUUGGCAUGUAAACAGUUGGGGCUUGCCUCGAGCUCGAUGAAUGAGUACGAUAGUGAUGAUGAGAGAAGCAGAGAGUGUGCAGCCAAUCAGGUGAAAGCAAUACCAGUAAGCGUGUUGCUCGAGGAAUGCGGCAAGCUUGGGUUCAUAGUGAAGUUGUUGCGGCAGCUGCGUAUGGAGGGACAUCGGUGCUUGAUAUUCUCGCAGUCACUGAAGAUGCUGGAUAUUAUACAGAGGGUGCUACAAGAAGAGGGUCACAAGAUCAUGCGUCUGGAUGGUACGGUCAAGUUCACAUCCGAGCGGGAGGAACUGGUGCAGAAAUUCCAGCGCGAUUCGUCGUACAACGUCUUCCUGCUGACAACUCAGGUUGGUGGAGUUGGCCUGACUCUGACUGGGGCCGACAGAGUAAUCAUCUUUGAUCCAAGCUGGAAUCCUUCCACUGACGCUCAGGCAGUUGACAGAGUAUUUCGUAUCGGCCAGGACAAGAAUGUGGUCGUGUAUCGUCUGAUUACGUGCGGGACUGUUGAAGAGAAGAUAUAUCGCCGUCAGAUCUUCAAAGAUUCUAUCAACAAACAGACAACAGGGAAUUCUACCAAUCCUUACAGGUAUUUCUCCAAGGGCCAGCUGCGUGAGCUGUUUACCAUGGACGACCCCCACCACUCCACUACUCAGCUUCAGCUCCAGGACCUACACAGUGACAACAGAAAGACAGACCCCAAGCUCGAUGACCACUUGGCAUUUCUCUACUCAAUAGAUAUCUUUGGCAUCAGUGACCAUGACCUCAUGUUUUCUCAGGAGCCAGACGACGUCCAUGAAGAGGAGGACGAGGGACAUAAUAACUACAUUGAGUCACGAGUGCAGAAAGCUCGACAGCUAUUGUCCAUGGAAGCAGAUCAAGCAGCACAGAUUGAUGGAUUCUCGCGACCGAUGAUCCCUGAUGAACCUAAAGUGUCACGACCAGCUGCUCCUCGACAAUGGGAGGUGCCAUCAUCCCAGCCUCUCCCUAGACCUCUCCCACUGGAAGAGGAUCUGGUGGACCUCGGCAAUAUGGAUACAUCAGUGAUUGACGAUGAUGAAAUCAAUCGCACUUUGGAAGAGCUGACUCUAGAGGAAAAACCCGAUCAUGGGAACAGACGUCAACUGAAAGAAGAAAAGGGUGGUUUUGCUGAAGUUCACGGUGCUCAUGCCAUUCUUGAACACCCUUCUCCAAUGAUAAAGUCUGCUUGGAAAACUGAGGUGAUCGAGGUCCCAGAAUCAGCAGAAAACAGUUUGAUUGAGCAGACGUCUGAUGAUUCCCUGAAUCCUGGCGAUUCGCCAGAUAUGCCCAUCGCCAUUGCAGAUUCAGAUGAGGAUGAUUUACCUGUGAUUAGGCGGCCGAAACCGCGUAAUAAAAACAAUCAGAUUUCUUCGGAGUCUGAGAAUGAGGAUUAUAAAUCUCCAGUGAAGGUGAUUGGAAUUGGUGCUGACAUUCAGAUGGAGAGUCCGGCUCCGACGCGUAUCAUGGCAGCAAAAUUAGAAGCAGAUGAGGUCCAAAUGUUCUCUCCAAUUGUUGAGAAAAAGAGACUAGCUUUACAUGAUGAUGAGAUGAACUCACCAGAAUUUCCUGUGAGAAUGAUAGCGGAUAGUGACGUGGAGAUGGACUCUCCUAUUGUGAAAAAGCGAGCCAUCAUUGCCUCGGAUGACGAGGAUGUGAAUAUGGCGUCACCCGUCACCAAUCAUUCCCGCAGAUCUUUGUUAUCGGAAAGCAUUGAUGGACGAGGCCUAAACCAGUCUCUUAACACAAGUAGGCCCCAUCUCCUGCCAGAUUCGAAACUUGCUGAAGAUAACGGUUCUCCUGUUAGGACGGUCUCCAAGCCAACCAGCAGCAGACGGAUCAUCGAAUCUGAUUCUGAGGAUGAAAGUCCAGGAGCAGACGUAUCUGUUGGUCGAGAAUCCAUAGACCUUGAUGGAGGCAAGAGACAGUCAGAUUCCUGUAUGGUUUCUCCAUCUGAAGAACAGCCUGGUCAAGGAAGGGAAGGCCCAGAAACCAGAGGAGUUGAUAGGAGGGUGUCUCAUCGGGCUGAUUCUGCAGUUAGCGAGGGUGAUGAGAGCAUUGAUACGGAGGAAUCUGUCGACGAUGAGACUGAUAAUUCUAGGAACACUGGACCUGCUGAUUCAGAAAGUGAUGAGGGGUCUGUGCAGACUGCAUCUGGUGGUGAAGGAGACGUCAUUGAUGAAGCAGAUGCCAUUGAGGAGGCUGCAGGUCAUGAGGGAGAAGAGGAGGAGGAAUUGACAGAAUACGAGGAGAGUGGAGAAGAGGAAAGUGAGGAAGAAACGGAGGAAGAAGAAUCUGAUGAUGAGGUUGCUAUGGAGAUGAACAAACUCAAGACUAAAAUGAAAGAACACAUCGCCGCCAAGGAGUAUAAGAGAGCUCUAGGUUACGCCAUCAAGGCCCUCAACUUGGACCGUUCCGAUGAAAAGAUGCUCGGGAUUGUUCACAUUCUAAAGAAGAACUGCAAUCUUUAAUCACACGGGAUCAUUUUAGGAAGACGAGACAAUACUGUGGACAAUAUCCUAAAUAGUUGUGUCUGUAUGUGUGUGUGGGAGCUGUGUUUAUAUCAAAGCAGGUUUGACAUUGUAUGGAACAUUUUGAAGUGAAAUCACCAAGUUGUUUUCACAAUACAAGAAUUCUCUACUGAUUUGUUUUGAAUAGUGUUUGUGGAGAAACUGCUACAUCAUGUGCUCAAGUAUGUUUAGGGACCAUUUAUGAAUGUCUCGCUCUAAAUCAGGUUCACCAGUUGUGUGUAACUUUGUGUCUUAAUUCCUACUUUAAUCAGAUUUAUAUUUGCAAUCAUGUUACAAUCAUAACUUGAAUAAUAGUCAA